CCAAACAUAAGGGCCCCACCCACUUCAUAUUUCUUUCUCCUACAAUUAAACACACUGCUUCCCUCUUUGCACUGUUAGCUGAAACGCACUCAUCCAUACAUGGCAACGACGACGUUGAGUCGAACUUCAUUCCCAAUCUUACCCUCCCAAAAUCCAGUUUUCUCCUUUCUCUCCCUCUCUACUUAUCUCCGGCACUCUCGCCGGAGGCCGGCUUUCGCCGCUUCCUCCUCCUGCAUCAGAUGUAGACUGCGACGGAAACCGCCGACGGAUGCCGACAUGUCUGGCGCCGUCUCCUUGCAGUCCACCUCCCUUCGACGGGACUCGGAGACCGGAGCCUUGUUAGAUUCCGGAUAUCUAUAUUGUAGGAGUUCCAAGAAGUACAUUCUUGAAGUUCUUCCAAGAGAAGGGAGUGUGUUGACGACCACUGUGGAUGAUGAUGCGACCUCAUCCAUUAAGACUUCUGUGCGGAAGAAAAAGUACUCUACUGUAUCGACCAGUUUCUUUGGGGUUGACUUAACUGCGGAUAACAUAGCUGUUGCAAUGGUAUAUUUUGUGCAAGGUGUUUUGGGUCUCUCCAGGCUUGCAGUCAGUUUUUACUUGAAAGAUGACCUACAUUUGGACCCCGCAGAGACAGCUGUCGUAUCUGGUAUCUCAUCAUUACCUUGGCUUGUUAAGCCCCUGUAUGGAUUCAUCAGUGAUUCGUUCCCGCUUUUUGGCUAUCGAAGAAGGUCAUAUUUGGUUCUGUCAGGACUUCUAGGAGCUAUCUCAUGGAGUUUGAUGGCUACCUUUGUUGAUAGCAAAUAUGGUGCUGCUUUUUGCAUUCUUCUUGGAUCUCUGUCUGUAGCAUUUUCUGAUGUUGUUGUGGACUCAAUGGUUGUAGAGAGGGCUCGUGGUGAAUCACAAAGCAUGUCUGGAUCGCUUCAGUCGCUAUGUUGGGGUUCUUCAGCUUUUGGGGGCAUUUUAAGUUCCUACUUCAGUGGUUCAUUGGUGGAUGCUUACGGUGUGAGGUUUGUCUUUGGAUUGACAUCUUUGCUUCCGCUGAUCACAUCUGCAGUUGCUGUCCUUGUGAAAGAACAGCCUGUGGUUGGCCAGGCAAGGGGACAGAAUCUUUUGUUGAGCAGUUCUGCCUUUCUAGCAAGCUCAAAGAACAGCAUUACGCAGUUGUGGGGUGCUGUAAAGCAACCUGGGGUUUUUCUUCCCACCUUAUUUAUUUUCCUAUGGCAAGCAACACCUCAGUCCGAUUCUGCCAUGUUUUAUUUCACUACGAAUCAACUUGGUUUUACUCCAGAGUUUCUGGGACGUGUGAAGCUUGUCACUUCUGUAGCAUCAUUAGUUGGUGUUGGACUUUAUAAUGGUUGCUUGAAAAGCGUCCCUCUGCAGAAGAUAUUCCUCGUGACCACUGUCAUUGGUUCAGCUCUCGGAAUGACUCAAGUUUUGCUUGUAACUGGAUUGAACCGGCAGUUUGGUGUCAGUGACGAGUGGUUUGCGAUUGGCGACUCGUUGAUAAUAACAGUCCUUGGUCAGGUAUCGUUCAUGCCCGUUCUUGUACUAGCAGCAAAAAUAUGCCCGGAGGGCAUGGAAGCUACGCUCUUUGCAACCCUCAUGUCCAUAUCAAACGGUGGCAGUGUUCUUGGAGGUCUGAUCGGGGCUGGACUAACUCAACUGUUUGGUAUCACUAAGGACGAAUUUGACAAUCUGACUUUACUGAUUAUCCUCUGCAAUCUCAGUUCAUUGUUACCUUUGCCUCUACUUGGUCUCCUUCCUCAAGAUAUAUCUGAUGUCGACUCUAAAGAUUGCGGUGAUGUGCAAACGGAAACAAACUAAAGAUUGAAACCUCCCAGUUCAUGAAUUUAUUUUGAUAACUUACGUAAUAUAGUUUUUAGGAGUAGUAAUAGAUGCAUAAAUAGUUGUAAAUAAUCAUAUGGUGAUAUAGAUUUACAGAGUUCUAUCGGUUAGACAAAGGUUGGCAUAUAUUAUCACUAUUUGUUUUUAAGCAAGAUGUAUAGUGUCUAAAUAUUUUCUAGAGAUUUUCAAGUCUUUGUUGAUUGUCAGUUAAGCUGUAAAUGGUCGUGAAGCUAUGUAGACAAUGUCACAUAGGCAACAAGGUUCACAUUUCUUGAUUUAAGGUGUGAAGUUGUAAGACAAGAAGUAAUCAAAGUUGCCGUGCUUAAAAGUGA